AAUAAUAUUUGUCAAUCAAAAAAACCAGUAAAAAAAAUCAGAAAUUUAAUUUCAAAUUAAAUUUAAAAAGUAUAAACUAGAAAUUUACCGCAACUCAUUCCAUUAUUGGCUGCCUUGAUCAUUAGCAUGUUACGGGGUGAGAAAUCUGAAGGAGGAGAUUCUAAAUAUGGUCCUGAUAAUGAAGACAACUCCACUGCCAGUCAUUACUCUGAGCCUACUCUGAUUCCAGAUGUAAUUCCGCAUGUCUGCAAGUUCCUUGGAAUCCGUGCCAUUAAAAAAUGUCAACUAGUCUGCAGGUCGUGGAAUUACGAGGCCACCCCCGUUCUGAAGGCGCGGACCCUUACCAACAUUCGACUUGAUUCAGGAAAUUGUGAUAACCGACAUCGCAAAGAGUGGAGAUUGGAUGGAAGAAUGGAGGAAAAACUGGGAUUCAAUACCUAUCUAAAGUUUUCCUCGUAUAAGUCCACCUUAGCACCCACGGAUCUUGAAACGUUUCCCUCGGUCAGGAACGUAAAAUCAAUUGUUGUCCACUUCUACAUCUGGGAAGAUUGGCAAAGGGACUUGUGUGACAAAAUUAUAUUGAGUUCUUCCCCCACUCUGGAGGAAUUAAAGUAUGAAUGGUUCUUCGAUCAAGAGUUCGUCCCAUGUACUGGCACCGUUUUCCCAAAAUUAAAGAAACUUGUGAUCGAUUGUCGCCUGUUUGAUUCUCAAUGUCCUAGAAAUCCUCCUCUUAAAAUGGUUGGGAAAGCUAUUACGGAAAGUUUCCCAGCUUUGGAAGUUCUAAAAAUUGACUGUAACAAUUUAUAUGAAAUUUCGAACGUGGAAAUGCUACAAAAGUUUCCACUGCAAAUCACUUAAUUCGCUGGAAUUAACCGGAGAUUUGGACGCAGAUCGGUUAGAAUGUCUGUUCAAAAUUCCUUCUCGACUGAAAAAACUUGAUCUUUAUGUGGACCAUGAGAGUUACGACCUUCGCGAUGACGAGAUGCCAAAUAUUCUGUACGAGUUGUUGAAGGAACAUUCCCCAACUCUGGAAAAAUUUUCUUCUGACGAUGAAGAAACGGAAUAUAAAUUCCCAGCACUUCCGGCCAUGAAAAACUUCGGGAUUGAUAACACGAAGACUAAGAAAGUUGGAUUUGAAUUUGAAAGUAUUCCAGGACGCUUUGGACGGAUUGAUUACAAGGUGUGCUUCCCAGUAUUGGAAAUUUUGUGCGUUCACAGCUACGACUUGCCUACGGUUGCCGCAUUUCUGCCGGCAGAGGGCUGCACAUGUCUGGCUGUGAAAUCGGUGAGAGAAGUUCACAUCAACGUUUGUUGGUAUACUAGGACAGGUGAGCUGGCUGGGCUUCGUACCAGAUUUUUGGAUGGUUUUCCCAAUGCCAAGAUAUUAGGAAGUAAGUAAGAAAUUUUAUACUUGUUUAUAUAUAUUUUGAAGUAGUUUAUAAUUGUUUUAGAUAACAGGUGAAUCAUGUAUUCUUCGUCAGGGUGAUUAUACAUAAAUGUCAGAGAUCCGUGAUUAAUUAAUCGUGAUUAACGGAUUAAGGAUUGGGAUUAAGGAUUAAUAAUCCUUAAUGC